AUGUUCGAGAACCUCUGCACGUUGCCGCUGCAGGCAGACGUCUUCGCGACCGCCCUGCACCCCACGGAGCCCCUGCUGACCGUCGGGUUGUCGAGCGGCCAUGUCGAGACAUUUCGCCUGCCCGCCGGCCUCUCCUCGGACGCGAGCGCCGACGGCGACACGAGCGUGCUGAGCAGCGAUGGCAAGGCCAUGGUCGAUACCGUCUGGAAGACGAGGAGGCACAAGGGGAGCUGCAGGUGCUUGGCCUAUGGCCACGAUGGCAAAGCAAUGUACUCUGCCGGGACCGACGCCCUCAUCAAGCACUUUGACGCCAUGACCGGCCAGGUCGUCUCCAAGACGACCAUCCCCAGCACCACGACGGUACCCGACGCCCCGACACUGCUUCACAUCCUCAACCCACAGAGCCUGCUGCUCGCCACCGACUCGGGCGCCCUGCACACCUGGGACCUGCGCGACGGCGGCGCUUCCCCCGGCUCGCGGCCCGCGCAGACGCACUUCCCCCACGCCGACUACGUCUCCUCCAUGACGCCCCUGCCGCCCUCGGACGAGAGCACGAGCGGCUUCCCCAAGCAGUGGGUCAGCACCGGCGGCACCACCCUCGCCGUCACCGACGUCCGCCGCGGCGUCCUCGUUCGCAGCGAGGACCAGGAGGACGAGCUGCUGAGCGCCUGCUUCGUGCCCGGCAUGGGUCCUAAGCGCAACCGCAGCAACGGCGUCGUCGCCGUCGGCUCCGGCUCCGGCGUCCUCACCCUCUGGGACAAGGGCGCCUGGGACGACCAGCAGGAGCGUAUCAUUGUCGACGGCGCCAGGGGCGGCGGCGAGAGCAUCGACGCCGUCGUCUGUCUUCCCUCGGAAAUGGGCCUCGGAAAAAAGGUCGUUUGCGGCGUCGGCGACGGUUCCCUGCGCAUCGUCGACUUGGUCCGCCGCGAAGUCGACGUCUCGGCCAACCUGCGCCACGACGACAUGGAGGGUGUCGUCUCCCUGGCCUUUGACUCGCAACACCGCCUCAUCAGCGCCGGAGGCCGCAUCGUCAAGGUCUGGGAGGAGCUGUCGGAGCUUCAGCGCGACGACGUUGACGACGACGACGAUGACGACGACGACGACGAUGACGACGACGACGACGACGGGCAGAGGGGAAAGCGCGCAGCCGAGAGCGACAGCGACGGGAAAGCCGAUGACGACGACAACAGCAGCGACAGCGACGGCGGCGGAGUGGCCGACAUGAAGCGCCGGGCCAAGCGCCGCAAGGAUAUCCAAAGCAGCAAGCUGGGACCCAUGGGCGCCCAUGGCAUCAUGGGGUUCCAGGGACUAGACUGA